AUGGAUGGGACGCACUUGGGCUGUGAUGCCAUGAACAACUGCACCGACCAGCAGUACUGGGACGCCCUCGUCUGCCAGUGCAUCCCCUGCAGCCUCAUAUGCGGCCGGUCCGCGGUGAGGAGGUGUGCUGCCCUGUGCGAGUCCAUGGUUUGCAACAGGAAAGCCGGCUUCUACUACGACAAGCUCCUGAAAAAAUGCAUCAACUGUGCCACGGUCUGCGGGCAGCACCCGAAGCAGUGCGACCCCUCCUGCGGAUGUGCCCUGGCCACCCCCCACCCUCCGCCGGCCGCCCUGGUCACGGCGCUGCCUCCCGCGGCCGCGCUGGAGCAGAAGGCGUGCACGGAGCAGGAGCCGUGGCUGGUGGUGUACCUGCUGCUGGGGCUCUGCCUCUGCGCCCUCAUCUGCUCCCUCUUCCUGGGCUGGACCCACCUGCGGAGGAAGGGAGAGGUGGGAUCCUGCCAGGCCGGGGCCGGGACCUGCCACCGCAGGGAGGACUCCUCCAAGGAUCGCCUGGUGGAAGCGGGCAGCGUUGGUGAUGGAUCCACCGGCAGCAGGGUCCCUGAGCCAGUAGAAACCUGUGGCUUCUGCUUCCCCGGACAUGGCUCCGCGGUACAAGAGAGCAAAGCGCACCACAGCCCCUCCUGCCACCCGGGGGAGAGGGCCGUGGUCGCUCACACCGGGGUGUGCAGCACAGGAAGCGCCGGGGCGAUUCCCAGCCCUGACGAUGGCCAUUUUAAGAUCAUUUGCUCUCCUUCGCAAGAGAAGACGCCCAUGGUGUGA